AUGACUAAAUUUAAGAAAGCUAUGAAGAACAUUGGAGAUGAUGCAUUGAUAUUGAAAGGUAAGUAUAUGCAUUUGAGGUGUGCUACGCACAUAUUGAAUUUGGUUGUGAGAGAAGGUUUACAAGAGGUCGACAAUAGUGUGGCUAGAAUUCGAAAUGGUAUUCAGUAUGUGAGAGCUACAACAAACAGACUCAAAACAUUUGAUUUGCGACUUGAGGCAGUGAAGAUUAAAAGGGGAAGUGUACCUUUGGAUGUGAAAACAAGAUGGAACUCGACUUACCUCAUGUUAGAUCAAGCUUUGAAGUUUAGGUUGGCAUUUGAGAGGAUGGAGGCUGAAGAUAAAGUGUAUAACGAUUACUUUCUAGAAAAGGUGGAUGGAACGAAAAGGAUUGGACCACCAAUGCCAUCUGAUUUUGAUGAAGUUGAGAGGUUGGUUUCUACUCUUGUCAUAUUUUAUAAGUCCACAUUGGUUCUUUCUGCUUCAAAUACGGUUGCCUCUCAUAAACUCUACAAUGAGAUAGUUUCUGUUACUAAGAACCUGAGUGAGUUAACUACAAGUACAAAUCCUGAAGACCCUUUGAAAAAGAAAGCUUUGUCUAUGUUAACAAAGUUGGCAAAGUAUUGGGAUCCAUUUGGAGAUCAAGUUGAAAUGAAUAGGCUGGUGAUAGUAGCAAGUGUUUUUGAUCCUAGAAAGAAAACAAAAUUUGCUGAGCAGUGUUUCGAUGCUUUGUAUGGGAAAGGCAGUAUGGAGUCUGUGCAUCUUUUAGCUGAUUUGAAUAGUAUCUUGAAGGACUUGUAUGAUGAGUAUAGUAGAAACAGUUUACUAAACAAGACUGGUUCAUCUUCUCAGUCACAUGGAUCAUCUUCCCAUUCGCAGACCCGAGAGCAAGUUACACCGGAUUUUUGUCAGAAAGCAGAUAUUGUUGACAUGGAAAACGUAUUUGAUGAGAUGCUGAUGGAAAAGGUAAUUUACAGCUCCUCUAAUGAGUUGGAAAUUUACUUGAAAGAUAAUGUGGAGAAACCAAGUAUUCUUAAAGGUACAAAAUAUGAUUUGUUAUCUUGGUGGAAGGUUAACAGUGGGAAGUAUCCGAUUUUGUCUCUAAUUGCUAAGGACAUACUUGCAAUGCAAGUGUCUUCAGUAGCCUCUGAAUCUGCGUUUAGCACUAGUGGUAGAAUUUUAGAACCGUAUAGGAGCUGUUUAACACACAAAAUGAUAGAAGUGUUGAUCUGCACCGAGCAAUGGCUAAAAGCUGAAAUUUAUAUCAAUGAAAAAGGAGUCUCCACAGUAGAACAUUUGCUUUCGGAAGUUGAGCAUGAUGAUGAACUUUUGAGAGGUGUAGUUCGGGUUUCGGUUCGGGUUUUCGUUGAGUUCGGGAUAUUGAGACCAGUCAAGUUCUUGGACAAGGAGGUUCCAAGGGUGACUUAUAUGUUCUUGAAGACUUAA